AUGGGGCAGCGCGCCAUCACCUGCGCGGCCGCCUGCCCCGCCGGCGCCGGUGCCGGCAGCGCGCCCCCCGCAGUGCGGGGAGCCCGCUUGCCGCGGGUGCUCGCAGCCAAGGCGGGCGUCGGCGCCGGCGCCGGAACGGCGCGGAGUGCGGGCAGCGCCGGGCAGGCCGCAGGGCGCGCGGAGCCCAGGAGUCCUGACAUGCGGCAGUCUGGGCCUUUCCAGCAGAUCUCGGGGACACGCCGCAGCAAUCUGGGCCUCACGUCACCGGAUUCUGGGUUUGGGCGGCAGACCUCGGCGCAGACCGCGGCGUCGAGCUCGUCAUUCUCGAGCUGGGUGGACUCGCUGAAAGCUCAGGGGAAGCGACGUGUGUGCUCUGAGGCAGAGGUGCGUAACUUCCUCCAGGCACACGGCUUCUCCGACGUCAACCAGCUGCGGCAGACCUCUCGCUGGUGCGCCUCGUCUGCGCGCCGCCCGCUCCAUGUGGCCGUCUCGCUGGGCGACAAGGCGAUUGUCCAGCUGCUGCUCCUGCACGGCGCUGACCCCACGCUGUCCGAUGCCGCUGGCUAUCUGCCAGGCCAUAGGCGCGGGGCAAGAAGCAAGACCGCCCAGUGCAGCUCGGAGGAAUGGGAGGAGGCGAGGCGGGCGGUGCAAGCCGCACCGGCCCACGCGCGGCAGUGGUGCGAGGGCCGCCGCUCACAGGACCACCUGCUCGAGCUGCUCCAGCGGGACCCGCUGCUAGACGGAUGCGCCAAGGCUUAG